AGAAGGCGAGACGCGAUGAGGAAGCAGAGUGCGCGCACGGCCGCGCUCGUCCUGUGCAUUCUGUCCUACUUGCUGGUGGGCGCCGCGGUCUUCGAUGCGCUGGAGUCCGAGGCCGAGCGCAACCGGCAGCGGCUGCUGGCACGGAAGCGCAGCGAGUUCCGCAGAAAGUACGGCUUUUCCGCCGACGACUACCGCGAGCUGGAGCGCUUAGCGCGGCAGGCAGAGCCGCACCGCGCCGGCCGCCAGUGGCGUUUCGCAGGUUCCUUCUACUUCGCCAUCACGGUCAUCACCACUAUCGGGUAUGGCCAUGCUGCCCCAGGCACGGACUCCGGUAAGGUCUUCUGUAUGUUCUAUGCACUCCUGGGCAUCCCCUUGACACUGGUCACCUUCCAGAGCCUGGGCGAGCGUCUAAACGCGCUGGUGAGGUUUCUGCUGCUGGAGGCCAAGCGCUGCCUGGGUCUGCAGCGGCCGCACGUUUCCGCAGAGAACAUGGUGGUAGCCGGGCUUCUGUUGUGCGCUACCACCCUGGCCCUCGGCGCCGCUGCCUUUGCGCACUUCGAGGGCUGGACCUUCUUCCACGCCUACUACUACUGCUUCAUCACUCUCACCACCAUUGGCUUUGGCGACUUCGUGGCGCUACAGAGAGACGAGGCGCUACAGAGGAAGCCGCCCUACGUGGCCUUCAGUUUCCUCUACAUCCUUCUGGGGCUCACGGUCAUCGGUGCCUUCCUCAACCUGGUGGUCCUGCGCUUUCUUGCCAGCGCCGACACUCCUGAGCGCUCAGCCCGCUGCACCAGCGCAUUCCGCAGGGGGGCGCUCAAGAAACGCGCCCGCACUGCGGCCUCCACCUGUAUCUCUCAGGGCAUCCAUCAGCUGGAUACUUGGGCAUGCGACAACCCGGCCUUCUCGCCUCCCUUGAGUCCAGAAGCCCUGUACCACUGCCACAAUAGUACAGACAGACGCCGAGCUCGGAGAAAGUCCAUCUGAAAGUCCUACCCUACCCGGGCGAGGGUUGACCAAUCAAUGUCUAGCCGCACCUGUUAGCAAACCCACCCUUCCUCUGGCUUGG